AUUUAUCAAAUUAACCAAACUAAAGUUUAAUCAGUUUGAUUAAUUGGUUAACCAGAUUAACUCAUUCACGAUGAAAAUUCUCCGGUUAAUGCAACAAUUCGCAAUUUAUAUAAUGAAUAAAACAUAACAAUCAACACGUAGUUAUAGUUGAUCCUUAACAAAAAUACAUGCAAUUAAGACAAUUAUCUUACUAUUAGUAUAGAAGUAUUCACCAAACUAAAAAUUAUGACAAUGUUAUGGGUUAAUGAAUUGUUGUGUUUGUGUAAAUUGACUUAGUUUCUUAGCAAUUAAUAUAGGCUGGAAAUGACCUUCCUUUCAAGUUUUCAUUCAUCAUGAUGUAUGAAAUUUAUCUAAAUUAGGCGCCCAUAUAUUGUGGUCUAGACUUUACAUAUACAAAUAUACACUAUAUGAGUAAUAUUGAGCUUUAUAUUUUAUGAAUCUAAAAGGGAUGAACGUUAACUCUAUGGUUAUGCAAAGUAUUAUGUGUAUAUAAUAUAUGUUAGAUAUAAUACUAAUUAUUUAACUGGUUAAUUUGGUUGACUAGUUAGGAGUAGGGGUGGCUAUUUGGACCGGGACCGGAUUAAAAACCGAAAACCGGACAGUAUAACCCGGACCGAGACCGGACCGGGACCGGAUAAUAAACAAUCCAAUCCAAUCUUUGGGCUUAGAUUUGAGGUAAAAAACCGGAUAAAGACCGGAUAAGAGAGCUCAACACCCAAAACUUAAGGGUAAUUUGCAUAAACGGUCACAAACCUUUGCACUUAGUACAAAACUUAACCAACUACUCACCCUUUAAGGCCUUAGGCCACUCAAAUCCCACAAUCUCAAUGUAAAAUCAAGACCGAAUUGGGACCGGACCGGAUCAAGACCGGACUGUAUCCAAUCCAAUCUUCGAUCCUUAUAUUUUCAAAAAGACCGGACUGGACCGGAUCAAUUUGGGCCAAUUUAACCGGACCGGACCGUAUAGCCACCCCUAGUUAGGAGUGUCUGAAACCAAACCACCUAAAUCAAACAAGCUAAAAACUUUAACCAAAUCAAACCAAUUAUCCAAAUUAACCAAACCAAAUUAUCCAAAUAGUACCGAUUAAAACGGUUGUCACGAUAACCAAACCGUUUUAACACCCCUAUCCACAAUAGUGUAGAACGAAAUUUGAUAAUAUUAGGACGAAGCUUAGAGAUGCAUGAAAAAGAAUAUGGGACUUUAAUUUGGUCACGACGUGUUGGACCCUAUAGAGCCUAUCGUUGCCGAGAAGAAACGUAUGAGGCCACGAAUUGAAGCAACUUGGUAGGGAAUAAUCAAUUUAUGAGAAGUCAAGUUGACGUUGAAAUUCUGUGAACACUUGCCGCCCAGAGCAAACCCAAAACUUCGGCAGCCUGCAGCCGUGGUUUUGUGUUUUCUAGUUAAGACAAACUUCAACGAAUUAAACAAAACAACAACAAAAAUGAUGCACCGCGCAAUAGCAGCCUAUCGGGCCAGGGAGAACUUCAUAUCUCAUCCUUAUCACCAUCCUCGUCCUUUGUCUUGUAACGAUCUUCUAAAUCCCCCAGGUCCCACAUCUUUGGAACCUUCCCACUUCUCCCAGUAUCCUCCAAAACGCUCUUUUCUGUUCCUUUCCCAAAUCGAACCCUCCUCUAAUUUGCUAAUUUCACAUCAUAAAUACAUAGAGUAAAUGAACACCUCCUCCUCUCCCAUGCCCAUUUAAAAACCUUAUCUUCUUCUUCGCUUCAAACUGCAGCUUCCAUUUCAUAUAUAUAUAUAGUAAAUUCAGCUCCGUCAGUAGACCUUAGAAGUUAGAAACAAUGAACCACAACAAUCGGAAGAUCAAGUUCACGCGCCGCGGCGGCGGCGGCCCAGUCGCGUUCUCGAGUGGUUUCGACUCGGUCGCCGGCUCGGUCUUGGUCACGGCCGGCAGCGAUACCAGCACCAAGGACCCGAGGGUGUCUCUUCCGGCACCGCCGGUGGCAGCCGGAGAAGGAACGCCGGUGGACAAAUUCCACUACCCGAACCAGACGACCAUCGACUCCUCCAUGGCCCUGACGAUUCUGGUGCUGCUGACGGCCAUCUUCUUCAUGGGCUUCUUCUCCCUAUACAUCCGCAGGUUCGCCAGCGAUGCUGCGGCCGCGGCGGCAGAAUCGGGGUCGGCGGAGGGUGGGAAUCACUACCGCCGCCGCAGCCAGAAGAAAGGGCUCGACCCGGAGGUGGUGAAUUCGCUGCCGGCGUACUGUUACCGGAGGGAUGGCGGCGGCGGCGGGGACGGGAAGUACGAUCUGGCGGAAUGCGCGAUUUGCUUGGGGGAGUUCGAGGAGGAGGAGACGGUGAAGAUGAUACCGGUCUGCCAGCACGUGUUCCACGUGCAGUGCGUCGACACGUGGCUGAAUAGUCACGUGAACUGCCCCUUGUGUAGAGGCACCCAGUUCGUCAAAGUGGUGGUAGACGGCGGCGGUGGAGGAGACGGCGGCGGAGGAGGAAGCAGUGGUUCGAGAAGUGUGGAGGUGGUGGAGGGAAGAUCGAUGGUAGGGAGCGAGGACACGUGGACGGUAGAUGUGGAUUUAUCUGGUGGGCUGCGGAGGAUUUGUAGCUCUUCGAGUUUGGUCAGAAAGGGACAGGAUAGGGUUUCCUUACCUAGAACCUCCAGUUUCUGAUACGUGUAAAUAUUCAUAUUAUGCGUGUAAAUUAUUGAUUUUCCGAUAAUAUAUUAAUAUAAUUAUGUCGACUACAAAAAAAAUUAGUGUUGGAAAUUUGUUCCAGAACUGUUUGAUUUUAUCCGAAACCAGACCGUAUAACCCGAAUCGGGACCGGACUGGGAUCGGAUAACAAACAAUCCAAUCUCAUAUUCUGACUUAGAUUUGUAGGUAAAAAACCCGAAUAAGAGACCUCAACACUCAAAUCCCUACAAACUCAAUCUAAAAUCAAAAUCAAAUUGGGAC